AUGCCACUUGAAGAAUCAAAUCUAAAAUUGAUCUCUGCGGUGAUCAAUUGGUUAUCAUUAUUCCCCAACUCCACCAUAACUUCAAACAUUUUCAAUGAAAUAUGGAAACCUGAUGUUGUUGUUGAAAUUUUACAAAUUAUCCUAGAUUCGUCAUUUGAGGUUAACCUUGUUAAAGGAUUGGAUACUGUGGAACAAUAUGAAUUGAUUUUCAAUAAUGUUAAACAAUAUUAUAAACAACAUAUGAUUUCAAGGAAAAAAUUUUAUAAAUAUUUGGAUUUAUUAAAAUUUGAAGAAUUGAGUAAAGGAGAUUUAUUAAGUUUGAAUUGUUUAUGUUUUAUCUUUUUGGAGAUUGGGUUCCAUUGUUAUAAAUCAAGUGUUGCCAUAUCAAUAAUCUCUUUAUUAAAUGAAAGUGAUGAAGAAGAGUUGAAAAAAUUUAUGUAUGAUGAAGAUGAUUUAAAUUGUAAAAAUUUGAUAUUAAAUCAAAAAGUAAAUUUAUUGGAAUUGGAAAAUGGGAAAUUGUUACAAAAAAUUUCAUCAAGGGAUAAAGAAUUGAUUGAAUUGCAAAAGAAUAUGUAUUUGAAAAAUCAAAAUGAUGUGAAUUUGAAUUUGGAAUUUAAUAAUGGGUUAAAGAUUAAAAAUGAUGAAGUUUUAAAUUUGAAAAGACAAUUAAGUGUUUUACAAACCAAGAAUGAAUGUUUGACAAAAGAGAAUGAGUUAUUGAAUAAUGAUUUGGAAAUUUUAAGAAAUUUAAAAGGAAUGCUGAGUUCAAGUGAUUUAAACCCAAUUUAUCAAACAAUACAACCUAAAUUAAUUGAAAGUAAUGAUGAUUAUGAAUUGUUGAAAUGGGAAUAUAGCUUAAUGAUGGAAUGGAUGUCGGUUAUUCAAAAGGAAAAGUUUAAGAGACAAGAAAAAUCAUUAGAAAUAUAA